GAAACCACCCUGGACUUCAAAGAUGUUCGUUUCUAUGCGCCCACCUUCACUCGCAUGGGCACGGACGAAGGUUUGCUGCGGGUCUUGCGCAGGCUGCCAGUGCUGCGGGACCUCUCUAUGCAGCACUUGAGACUGCAGAUCAACAAGGGCAAUGGUGGCUGCUACACGAUGCACACGGACUCCGGCGUUUCUGGUGAGGAAGAUGGACGGCAAGUCUUGCGUGUGACGGCUCUAUUCUAUUUGAAUGAAGGAUGGACCUCAGAACACGGAGGAGAACUGCGAGUGUAUCCAUAUCCAUCAGCACCAGUGAAGAUCGCUCCUCUUCUCGGGCGACUGGUUUUGUUUCAUCCGCGCCUGGUACACGAAGUGUUGCCCAACUUCCGCAAGCGAUAUUGCUUCACCCUAUGGUGUGCAGUCGAGCAGAGUAGCACCAGCAGUCAUUUCAUGGAGGAUCUGGAGUCCAUGACUUGCUUCAACCAAGCUUGCUCUGUGUGCGAAAAGGCGACCCACUUGGAAAAAACGCCACGGUCGAAGCUGCUGCAAGUUCCGCGACCCCUGCGGUGCCUUUUAUUGCCGGAGGUCCGACCUUUGCUGGUGCGCUACGUUUUCCGAGACUGCGAGCUGCAAUCCGCAUGCCGCUCACAUGACGAAGGUCCUCAGAAGCAGGAGAUGCUUGAAGGCAUUGGCCGCUAUCACCAACAAAUGCGAGAUGAGAACCCGCAAUGGUUCCGGCAGCUCUUAGAACAGCUCCCGGGAGCCGAAGUCGGCACCGCGCGCGCAGCGCGCCUGGGGUCCUAUGAGUUGAAGGAGGUGAUGAGGAGCUGCUGCCCCUGGUGGGAAGAUGCAGCCUGAUGACCCAUUUUUCCCUGGAAAGGUGUUGAUGGUUUUGGGCGAGUGAGAUGAUUUGCUGCUGUUCGAGGCCGUUUUGGGGGCCGAAAAUGUGGAUUCUGAGUGGUGCUUUGAGCCACAUUUUGGUGAGCUUGAAUGCCAUAUAGAGCUUCGGCCCUAAGGCGCCGUGUUGCACAAUGCUGCAAUAGACUGAAGGUUGUACAUAGCCCACUGUCAUGGGACAAAGACUUCAUUGAUUGG